CUCAUGGGUAAAAACCGCAAAUCCAAGGUUUACGUAGACAACAAGGAUGCCGCCGUAGAACUCGCGAAGAGUGUGGCAGAUGUCCAGGAAAAGAAAACACGAGCAAGGGUGGAAGUCCGUAAGAGUAAAGCAGUAGUAGCUCCAAAAAAGCCUACUGAAAAACACACCACGUCGUCCAAAGAGAGACUGGAUCGUGCGAAGGCCGCCGUAGCUGCGCAGGCCGCGCACGCCAAACGAGAGAAGGCUAAAAUCCGGAAGAAAGCCCGUGUCUCCGUUCCUGGCGGAAACGCCGCUGGCGCACACAGUGGGGCCGGAGAAACACCUGCGAAACCGAGUGGAACGUCCACCAGGAAGCGUGUCACCUUCGGAUGAGCCCGCCCCGGUCCAGUUCAUGAAGUGAUACCUUCGAUGCCCCGAGCGGCCUCACGUCUACCCGUUGGACACACACUCAACUGUCGUCAUCGCGGUCUGUUCACCCUUCGUUGGUCGCCACGACGUGCACAAUCACUGUCCGGCGCCGCUGCUCCCGACACCGCCUCGAGCGGUCCGCGAGCUCUGGCUCUGUUGCGGGCCUUCCCGGCAUGAAUUACGGCCACGUACUGGAGGUAGCAACGUU